AUGCCACAGCAGCUCCUGAUCACCCUGCCCACCGAGGCCAGCACCUGGGUGAAGUUGCACCAUCCAAAGAAGGCCAAGGAUGGGGCGCCCCGGUGGGAGGAUGUGACCAAAAUGUUUGAGGGAGAAGUUCUGCUGUCUCGGGAUGCUGAUGUGAUCCAAGGAGAAAGUUUAGAGGAUGAAGUGACCUCUGGGCCCCCAGCAGCAGAAUCCCAGGAACUGUUGACCUUCAAAGACAUAUCUGUUGACUUCACCCAGGAAGAGUGGGGGCAACUAGGCCCUGCUCACCAGAAUCUGUACCGAGAGGUGAUGCUGGAGAACUACAGGAACUUGGUGUCAGUAGGAUAUCAACUUUCUAAACCCAGUGUGAUUUCCCAGUUGGAAAAAGGAGAGGAGCCAUGGAUGACAGAGAAAGAAGGCCCAGGAGAUCCCAGUUCAGACUUGAAGAGUAAAACAGAAACCAGUGAGUCAACUGCAAAGAAUGCCAUUUCACAGGAACAGUUGUAUCAUGGCAUUAUAAUGGAAAGGGUCAUGAAGGAUGAUAUCAUUUAUUCCACAUUGAGAAAAGUCUCCAAAUAUGAUGAUAUGUUAGAAAGGCACCAUGAAACCUGUGUGAGAGAUGUGAGACAAACCAUCUUGACCCACAAGGAGAGAGGCCAAGAAACUAACAGAUUUGGGGAAAAUAUCACUGUGAGUUCAAAUGUCAUUAUAGAACAGAGGCAUCAUAAAUGUGAUACACCUAGAAAGAGGAACAAAUACAAAUUAGAUUUGAUUAAUCAUCCAACAAGUUACAUAAGAACAAAAACCUAUGAAUGUAAUAUAUGUGAAAAAAUCUUCAAACAACCCAUUCACCUUACUGAACACAUGAGAAUUCAUACUGGUGAGAAACCUUUCAGAUGUAAAGAAUGUGGAAGGGCCUUUAGUCAAAGUGCAUCCCUUAGUACACACCAGAGAAUCCAUACUGGUGAGAAACCCUUUGAAUGUGAGGAAUGUGGCAAAGCCUUCAGACAUCGCUCAUCGCUUAAUCAGCAUCAUAGAACUCACACUGGGGAGAAACCCUAUGUAUGUGAUAAGUGUCAGAAAGCUUUCAGCCAGAAUAUUAGCUUGAUCCAGCAUUUGAGGACUCAUUCUGGAGAGAAACCCUUUACUUGCAAUGAAUGUGGGAAAACCUUUCGACAGAUUAGACAUCUUAGCGAACAUAUAAGAAUUCAUACUGGGGAGAAGCCCUAUGCAUGCACUGCAUGUUGUAAAACCUUUAGUCAUAGAGCGUAUCUAACACAUCACCAGAGAAUCCAUACUGGGGAAAGACCCUACAAAUGUAAGGAAUGUGGGAAAGCCUUUAGACAGAGGAUACACCUUAGCAACCACAAAACUGUUCAUACAGGAGUGAAAGCAUAUGAAUGCAGCCGCUGUGGAAAAGCCUAUAGGCAUGAUUCAUCCUUUAAAAAACAUCAAAGACAUCACACUGGAGAAAAACCUUAUGAAUGUAACGAAUGUGGAAAAGCCUUCAGCUAUAAUUCAUCACUUAGUCGACACCAUGAAAUACACAGGAGGAAUGCCUUCCGAAAUAAUGUUUAG